AUGAAACCAUCAAGCGGUUCUUCGCUUUUUUUUGGUCUAUUUUUCUUCCCGAGGUUGGCGAGUGCAGUCACGUUAAACGUGACAAGCAUUGACCAGCGGAACUGCCCCUUUGCAGUUAAAGCCUCCCCACUAUCGGACGGCUCGGGCCUCAUCAUCACUUAUGACACGAAGAAUACUGCGCUCGCCUCCAUUGGCCUGGGUGUGCCAGCGAAAGAAAACAGAAAAUUGUGCUAUAUCAGCGUGUAUUUCGAUGUUGCCCCAAACCGGAGGGUGACUUUUGAGAGCCUCGAAACAAAAGCCGCGGUGAAGCUCGACAAAGGCAUUGAGGCCUAUAUCAGUGCGGAUUUUAUUUGGCCUUACUUCACUGGAUGGGCGCACUUGAACAAAACAACAAUUUCUGGCCCAAGAGCCGACACCCUCAAAACCAGAUUCACAGACUCCCCAAAAUACCAAUCAUAUUGUAGAUUCAGCGGCCCAUCAGUUGAUAACAACACCGACCCUAUCGGCAGCGGAGUCCACAUCCGAACCCAUUUCAAUCUUACGCGGCUCCUUGAUGCUAGUGCUUCUGCAACGGGCGAGCUCGGUAAAAAUACGACAGUGACCCAGCAAGUAAACUUCAGCUACUCGGAGCCCUGUGUAAUUCAACGGAUGUUAGAGGGCCGAAAGUUGAGGAUAGGUUUGGCCCGUGCUCUACGUGGGUUAGGUUUCCGCCAGACCCGCCAACAUGAUUCUAGACAUGGUGAUGAGAUGAAAGAAGAAGAUAAGCAUGGAGUACUUGAGUCCUAA